AUGAUCUGGAACCUGGGCCACUUGUUUGGUACUCCCAUCACCAAUAUCAUCAAAUUCCUCGUCUUCAUUUAUUCGUUAGGUGAAGGAGAAAUGCCCGAGGGCAAGACCAAGGCCGAGCAGGUCGAGAUUGUGCGCAAGGCGUUUGUCCAAGCACUGAUGACCAUGUUUGAAAAACCCCCAGGAUUUCCAGCCACCCUUCCGGACUAUUGCACCUACGAAAUGGCGGGCCAUAUUAUCAUGUCCCACGCCGGAAAAAAUGGUCUCUUUCCCUUUCGCGAGCUCGAUUGGACAGCUGAGUUGCGUGCUAUGGAUAAAGCAGGAGACAAUGUGUUGGACGGUAUGGAAAUCGAUAUGCUCAAGUCUGUCCUUGGAUUAGAGCAACAGGACAAGGAAAUGGCUCUCGAGAUUAUCACCGAGCGAUACCCACACCGAAACAAGGCUACAUGGCGAUCACUGGCAGCUGCUUGGGAAGAGACUGCUACAAAUCGAUACAAAGGUAUUUCCAGAACGUCUCUAGAGAAUGGAGAUCAAGUGGCAAUGUAUCUCAAUCAUUUCAAACAUCGAUUUCCCGGCGCAUACGGCAAGAAACGCUUGCGUACUAGUGUGCAUGACCGUGUUUUGGCAGCUGCUUACAAAGCACGGUACUUUUGUCGAUCUAAAGAUGGAAAAGUAGCACGUAUCAUGCACUACAGGUUCCCUCACCGAUCCGCUUCUCAGUGGCAGGGUCUUAUGAACUCCACCUUUGAUCAAUGGCUGCAGCUUUACAACUUUCCAAAGUUUUACGAUGAUCGAUCUUGGAUGGCAUACUAUCGUGCUCAGAAGGACAGUAUCGAGGCAUCACGGAGGCGAAGUCUCAAGGGCAAAGAAAAGGAGGCUUAG